AUGUCCGAAGCAAACCAGCCAAGAGGAAUCCUCAGAAAUGCGCCUGACCGGCCUACCUACAAAUCUCCGGAAGGGAAGACCGAGGUAUCUGAUAUUGACCGCAAGAAGGUGAUUGAGAAUACCAUGUUGAAUGCCAAGUUGACUGCUGAUUCCAAGGAGGCUAAGGCCAUUCUUGCAGAAAUUGCAGACAGAAAGAAGAACCCCUCGAAUAGUCUCAAUGCUGAUCAUCUGCAGUGGGAUGAAAAGAAUCUGUAUCAGACAGAGCAAGAGAAGAACGCUACUAUGAAAAUAGAUGAGCCCAAGACGCCAUACCAAGGAGGCUUCGAUCCCAACAACGAUUACUAUAGAACGGAUAACGAGGACGAUUUGGAUGAUCCGGGAUUUACUCUGGGAGAGCCAGAAGUUCAGCUUUCAGAAGCACCCAAGAUGGAGUCACUCAAUGGAGGAACCAUCAUAAGGGAUGAAACACAGCCGGAAGAGGAAGAAGAAGAAGGGGAAGAACAAGAGGAAGAACAUGAAGAACCCGCUAACCUGUCGGCAGAAGAGAAACAUAAAAGAUUCGAGAUGAUGAGGAAACAGCAUUACCAUUCGAAGGGAAACGUGUUGCAUCAACCGUUGCCAGCUGAAGAUGAGGAGGAAUAA